AUGGAGCCCCUCAAUAAAGAAAAGCAGGGCACCUCGAUUCAUGACGAGAAAAUCACAGUAGGAGGUGUCAACGACGAAAUGACUUCUCUACAAGCCGGCCCUGAUGGUUACUACCCCCGCUCAGAGGAGGAGAAGGCGUUGAGCCGCUCAGUGAAUCGGAAGAUGGACCUUACCCUCCUUCCAUUCCUCUCCAUGCUCUACCUUUUUAACGGCCUGGAUCGUAGUAAUGUGGGGAAUGCUCAAACACAAGGAUUUUCAACCGACAUCGGGGUCACCGACAACGACGUCAAUGAUGCUGUCUCCUUGUUCUUCGUUACGUUUGUUGUCUUUCAACCAUUAUCUGCUGCAUGCGGUCGAAUUUUUGGCGCUAAGUACUGGAUUCCAUCUCUCAUGCUCAUCUGGGGUGCCCUGACUGUUGGGCAUGCGUUCAUCCAUGGUCGAGGUCAGCUUAUUGCCAUUCGGCUUUUGAUUGGUUUAUUUGAGGCUGGAUUUUACCCUACCGCGUUGUUUUAUCUUUCCACGUUCUACACACGGUUUGACCUAGGGGUCCGAAUUGGCUUGUUCUAUGGCCAGUACGCUAUUGCAGGUGCAUUCUCUGGAGCAAUUGCCUAUGGCGUAUUCCAUCUCAAAGGCUCUUUGCAUAAUUGGCAGUAUCUUUUUAUCAUCGAAGGCGCGUUGACCAUGUUUUUUGCUGUUGCUUCCUGCCUAUUUCUUCCUUCAGAUCCGGGAUCCGCGUGGUUUCUGACCGAGCCGGAGCGGGAGUUCGCUAAAGAAAGAAUGCGUUUGGAUGGCGAGAGGUAUAUCUUGGAAAAUCAAGAAGCAGACGGUAACCAGGUAACCAAUCGCUUGAACAAAAGGGACGUGGUCGAGACGGCGAAGGACUGGAAAUUGUGGACGGUCUUGAUGUCUGUUCCGCCAUUUGUCUGCGGGGCAGUGGGCUUAUACCUUACCACCUUGAGCUCUGAUCGACGCAAGGAGAGAGGUUUUCAUAUAAUUGGUGGCUUAGUUGUGUGCCUUGUAGGGCUGAUUAUGACCGUUACAAUCCUGAAUAACCAUGGCCGUUAUGUGGCGUUGUGCAUCCUUCUUAUGGGGAGUUAUGUUGCGUCUCCGCUAACGAUGGCCUGGCUCAGUGGUAACACGCCAGAUCCGGGUAAGCGCUCCUUGGUUAUUGGAGUUAAUGGAUUCGGAAAUCUUGCUGGAGCCAUCGGGUCGCAGAUCUUCCGCUCUACUUACGCCCCGCGAUACCUAAUCCCAUUCUAUGUUACUCUUGGCAUCAUCUCCUUUUCUAUAAUAGGAUAUAUUGCAUAUCGAAUGAUGCUCAAGGAGGUCAAUAAGUACAGAGCGAGAAGGUUGGCUGCGUGGAGCUCUGCGGAAAUUGAGGAUGAGCGGUCGGAUGUGCAGCGACUGGGUGACAAGAAAUACACAUUUGUUUACGGCUUGUGA